AAGUACGGACAACAGUUCUUCGCGUUCAGUCUCUUCAUUACAACAUAAUAUUAAAUAAGUUUGGGAGAAGAUUUUAUCGCCGAUUUUGUUUUAUUGUGUUUUCUAUUUUAUCGAAAGUGCUAACUGAUUUUUAAGAGAAGAUGACAAAGUGGCUGUUAAUUUCAAUUUUACUAUUAUACUAUUGCACACAUCUGCAAGCAGCGGAUAAUGAUUUAGAAGAUCCUCCUGAAGGUUACUACGCAUUUAUAGAAUCUCCAAAUGCUGAGCCUCCAAGAGUACGCCCACCGCCAUAUACACAUGUGCUUGUCGAUUGCAGAGAAGAUGAUUCAAGAUCACCUCAAGGUUCCUUAUUCAAUCUUUGUGGCGACUUAAAUAAAGGAACCAUUCCUAAAAACCCCAUGGGACAAAAUGUUUUGGGCUCUCCAUAUCCAUUUGAACUGAUUAGAAACAUGACACUGAAAUAUCUCAGUCGAACGUUACCAAUUCUUAAGGCGGACGAAACCUUACCAAAAGUUGCACAACUACAAGACGAUUACAUCAACCAAAAUAGUUUAUACACCCAGCAUCCCAAUGAUAGGAAUGAUCGAUCAAAACGAAGUGCAAACUCUACAGAUCCGCCAGCAACUGCAGCACCAUCAACUGAGGUACCAUCAACAAAUGAGACAUCAACUGCCCAGGUUUCCUCAAGACAAGCGAGAAAAUUCUGCGACCAGGGAGGAGUAUUUUGUAUGCUUUACAAAGCUAUAAACGGUGAAUCCAAUGGACCUUCUACUUCUCAACAACUACCACUAGAGAGACGGGACGAGGCACCUCUUACCCAACCUCGCUACGAAGGACCUCCUACCCCUUGUCCAGCUAAAGUUGAAUAUGCUACGCCUGUUUUCGCGAAGAAUUACCAAGGAGUUUGGAGAUACGUGGUUCAAAUUCCUUAUGAAGGAUACUUCACUCAAACUGUUGAGGUUACUAGAUGUUUACAAGCUCGUUGUCAUUACUUAGACGGUGGAUGUUUAUCCAGUCCAAGAUGGUCAAGUCUCUUAGUCGCAGAAAUUUACUACCCAGACACAGUUUUGAGCAGCAGCGAUACUGCAAAUCCCCAAAGAAGUCCUGUUGCAGCAUCUCAGCCGCCUUCUGUGCAAGAUUUUCAGAAUUACCAACAGUACCUGCACAAAAGAGCCGGUUUGCAACCAUCUUCUAUAGAUGCUGGAACGACACAAAGACCGUCAUCUCAAUGUGACGGCAUAGAUGCAUUGGGAUGCUUCCAAGUACGACUUUACUAUGACUGGUUCCUUAUUCCCGGAUCCUGCAAGUGUUGGCGCCCUGAUUAUUUCAACAAAUACGUUAGACGAAAAUCAAAUACUGAUCUGUAAAUUAGGGCUUAAUAUAUCCACUGCUUCAAACUAUUUGGUAAAGAGACAAACUAUGUGGUAGAACAUUUUUUUUAAAUAUUUAUUUCAUCGUGUCCUGCAUUCAGAGGCAGGCCUAAAUAGAACACCAACUCAAAGACAAAAAAAGAGAUAAACCCAAACAACAUGAAAGCAUAGGUAAAUAAUAAUUUAUUAGUGCAGUCACUGAAGGUGGAUGUGAGCUAUUACCUCCGAUUUCGUUGAACCUUCAUCGAUUUCCAUGAAAAUUGGUGAGUGGUUAGAGGAUAUCUCAAGGAACAAAGGUGACAUGGUGCCAACUUGCGCUUUUACCCUGGGGGUGGAUGCCCCCCUCUUCGGGGGUGAAAAUUAUUGUAUUAAAAAUAACCCCACAAUUGUAUAGAGGGACAAAUUAUAAGCAAAAUUUGUUAUAUAAAUUUAUUAAAAUAAUUCAAAACUUUUUAAGUUAUUAAAGAUCAAAGAUUUUAAUUUUUCGUGAGAAAAAUGCAUGUUUUUAACUGAUUUUUCAUAAAUAACUCAAAAAUUAUAAGUUUUUACAAAAAGUUAUUAUUAUCAAAAUUGAGGCUAAUAAAAAAUCAAAUAGACUCCUUACUAGAAAAACCUUUCAAUGUUAACUAAAAGUGAGUUAUAGGUAAUUGAAUGUAUAUUUCUUUCGUCGAGUACCCAAAUCUAAGUAUUCAAGUUUAAAUACCGGGAAAAUGAUGCAUUUUAUAACAUAAACUUAUUAAACAUUUGUCAAAGUUCAUAGAAUAAUCUAUCAAAUAAGCCCUCGAACAAGUUGAUAGCAUUAAAAUUUAUGCACCAAAAAUGUUUCAAAAUGUAUCUUUUAAAAAUGUUUCCAAAAAAUGUUAUUGUUUUUUGUAAAUGCAUCCGUUAAUUUUUAAGAUAUCAGGUUCACCUAAAAUCUAAUUAAUAGUUCAUUCAAAGAGCUAUUAAAAUACGUCGAAAUUAGCCUUUUAAACCUCUUACUUUUUUAAAAAUAAACGGUUAAAUUGCCCCGGUUACAUGGUUCUCGCAGCAGAAUUGAAAUUUUAACGUUUCUAUCUCGGUUAUUUUUUAUUCUACGGAAAUAGUAAACUGGGUAAAGUAUUUGGAACUAAAAAACUAAAAUUUAGUUAUAUAUAAUUUUUUAUGUAUAUUGAGUAUUUUCGGAGUUAUUAUCAAAAGAAAUGAAAAGUACGAUAUUUUUAAAAAUUCUGAUUUUUUUAAAUUAUAUCUUUUUGUUCAAAAAUAUGCAUUCUAAACCGGUCAAAAUUGUUGAAAUCAUUAACUAUGUUAACCUAAAGAAAUUCUUUUGAGGAUUACUACAAAUUUUAUUUUUUGUGAAAAUGGCAUAUGUUUUAUUUUUCACUUAUUCCUAAAAAAAUCGAAAGGGUUCUCUUAUUUUCAUCAUAACUUGCUUAAUUUUAAUGCUAUUAGCUUCUACUGGAGCUCAUUUGAUAGGCAUUCCGAAGUAUUUUGACAAGUGCUUAACAAGUAUAUUCUAUAAAAUGUAUCGUUUUCCCGUUAUGUAAGCUUAAAUACGUAGAUUUGAGUACUCAAUUACCCAUAACUCACUUUAAAAUAACAUUAGUUUAGUUCUUUAAGUGGGAAGUGUAUUAAAUUUUUUAUUAUCUUUAAUUUUGGUAAGAAUAGCUUUUUUGCAAAAGCAAAUAGGUUUUGAUUAAUACGUGAAAAACAGCUUUAGACAUGCAUUUUUUUUAAGAAAAAUAAAAUCUUUGAUAUUUAAUAAUACAAAAAGUAUUGAUUUAUGUUAAUAACUUUAUAUAACAAAUUUUGCUUAGAAGUUGCCCCUCUAUCGAUUUCUGGUAUUAUUUUUAAUAAAAAGAUUUCACCCACGGAAAGGGGUGGCAUCCACCCCCAGAGUAAAAGCACAAGUUGGCAUCAUGUCACCUUUGUUGCUUAAAGUAUCUUCAAACUACUCACCAAUUUUCAUGAAAAUCGAUGAAGGUUCAACGAAAUCGGAGGUGAAAACCUUCAGUGACUCCACUAUACAUAUAGGUAUGCAUUAAGUUCCCUUAAUGUUUCCAACUAACGGUUUUUUUGGGACGAAUUUGUCUAUCUGUGGUGGUUUUUAAUUUAAAGUAAUUUGAUUUGUUUAAUUUUAUCUUAUUAAAAAAAUGCAUAGAGCUUCGUUUACUACUCAACGUAGUGUGUGGACGCACGAAGUGUGUGGUCCCCCGAUCUUAAGUUUCAUUGCUUGUCACUCGUUUCUAUUUUACCAUUAGGCCGGGUUGUGAUGCCACAGCAUCAAAAAAAAAUUCUGAUUCAGUUUCUGUUCGCAUUUCUGUUCAAAAAUGUCGCCUAUAAACAAAUCUGAAGGGUGUCGGAUGAAAUUUUUGUGUCAGAAAUAAUUUUUUUAAAUAACUGCCAAAAAACACUUUUUUGCCCCGCAAAAGGUUUUUUUCUAGAUUUUUUGGAUCCUAUUGAAUAAAAAAGUUGAUAGUUUUUGAGUUAUUAAGAUUUAAAAUUCAUAAAUUCGAAAAUAUGAAUUUUUGAGAAUUGAAAACUCAUAUGCACCUAAAUUAUAUUUUUUAGAUUGCCAAGUGCCUAAAUUGAAGUUCAAACAUCCAGUUUAAAAGAUUAUGUAGACUAGAGUCUAGAGUAAUCGAGGCUUAUUUCAAUUUAGACCGUUGUUUUUAAUUAUUAAUUAUGCGCGUCUUAGUCGCACUUAUUCUAUACAGGGUGUCCCGAAAAGAUUGGUCAUAAAUUAUACCACAAAUUCUGGGGUCAAAAAUAGGUUAAUUGAACCUCACUUACCUUAGUACAAAUGUGCUCAUAAAAAAAGUUACAGCCCUUUGAAGAUACAAAAUGAAAAUCGAUUGUUUUCAAUAUAUCGAAAACUAUUAGAGAUUUUUUAUUGAAAAUGGACAUGUAUCAUUCUUAUGGCAAGAACAACUUAAAACAAAAUUAUAGUGAAAUUUGUGCACCCCAUAAAAAAAUUAUGGGGAUUUUGUUCCCUUAAACCCACCCAAACUUUUGUGUACGUUCCAAUUGAUUCAUUAUUGUGGUACCAUUAAUUAAAACACAACGUUUUAAAAAAAAAUUUGCCUCUUAGUAUUUUUCGAUAGGCCAGUUUUAUCGAGAUGCGGCUUCUUUUUCAAUAUAUUUACGUAAAAAUUGUAUGGGGGUUUUGUUCCUUUAAACCCCCCAAAUGUUUGUGUACGUUCCAAUUAAACUAUUAUUGUGGUACCAUUAGUUAAACACAGUGUUUUUAAGACUUUUGCCUAUUAGUCUUCUUUUUAUAAGUCACCUUUUAUCGAGAUGUAGCUUCUUUUUCAAAAUAUACCUAAAAAUGUAAAUUAUAAAUAAAUUUUCAGAUUAUUAACAGGUCUCUAUAGCCGUACUUAACCAUAUACAAAUAUGUGGUGGAUUCGACAAAUAUUCAAAAUAUCUCGAUAAACACUGACUUAUCGAAAAAGUACUAAGAGGCAAAAAAGUUUUAGAAACAUUGUGUUUAACUAAUGGUGCCACAAUAAUAAUUCAAUUAGAACGUACAGAAAAGUUUGGGGGGGUUUAAGGGAACAAAACCCCAUAAAAUUUUUAUGGGGUGCACAAAUUUCACUUUAAAUUUUUUUUAAGAUGUUGCUGCGAUAAAAAUGCCACAUGUCCAUUUUCAAUAAAAAAUCUCUGAUAGUUUUCGAUAUAUGAAAAAAAACCCAUUUUCAUUUUGUAACUUCAAAGGGCUGUAACUUUUUUUGUGUGCACUAUUGUAUAUAAGUAAGUGAGGUUCAAUUAAUCUAUUUUUGAUCCCAGAAUCUGUGGUAUAAUUUAUGACCAAUCUUUUCGGAACACCCUGUAUAUUAUACGAAAAAUUCUAAAAAAUACUUGACAUUUAUUAAAAUUUUGUAAUUUAUCAUUAACAUAGUUUUUCAAAUAGUUUAUUUAUUUAUUAAAUUAAUUUUUUAAUUUAAUAAUAAUUUAUUAAUAUUAAUUAUAAAUGUCAAGUAUAUUUUGGGGAAUUUUUCGCGUAUGUACGUACGAGUAUAAUAUAGGCAUCUAUAUAAGUGCAACAGAGACGUACCAUACAAUGCGACUCGACUUAAAAAUCGAGUGGACUAGCAUAAUGAUGGUGAAAGAUCCCAACCUCCUAUGUCAAUUUUUGGAUAUUUUGUUUUGUUGCCCUAAAAUUAAAGAGAAAUAUGUGUUUUGACUGUUUACAAGCUCCUAUGUCGUUAAUUCAGGUAUGGCCAUCUAUAAGCCAAUUAAUAAAAUAACAACAUAGGAGCUGUAAAUAGUAAAAAUAAAUAUUUUUCUUUAAUUUAGGGUAACAAAACAAAAUAACCAAAAAUUGGCAUAAGAGGUUGGGAACUUUCACCAUCGAUAAUUAACUAUUAAAAGCCAAUGGUCUACCUAUAUUAAAAUAAACCCGAUUACUCUUCAGACUUGAAACUGAAUGUUUAAGUUGCAAUUUAGGUACUUGUAACCUCAAAAAUAAUAAUUAUCUACAUAUGAGUUUUCAAAUCUCGAAAUUGCGUAUUUUCGCAUUUUUCAGAUUUUAUAUCACUUAUAAAACUCGAAAACAAUCAACAUUUGAGAAAAAUGGGGGAAACCUUUUUUAUUUAGUAUGACUCAGAAAACUGAAAAAACAUUUUCUGGAGCAAAAAAGGUGAUCUUUUGAAUUUGUUUAAAGAUUUUUUUAAACAAUUUCUACCCAAAAAUUUCGCACACCCUUCGGAUUUGUUUAAAGGGGAUAUUUUUGGACAUGAAUCCGCAAAGAAGCCGAAUCAAAAAUUUUUUCGUAUGGGAACGGCCUAACGUCAUAGUUUAAUUUUAUCAUACUUCUGAGCGAUCCACCCCUCCGUCCGUAGGCUGCGACACCCCGCGAUAAGAAAUAGUCCAAGAGACAGCGCUGAAAAAUCUCUUUGAAUUUACUAAAGCUAGAUUUUUCAGUUGAUUAUUGUGAUUGUGUAGAUAAACAUACUGCGGUCGGUCAAGCGAAACGUAGAACAGGGGUUACUGAGAGGGUAUCAAAGUUGCUUUCCUACGAAGGUAAUUAAAUCCAUUCACUA